CUACAUGUUUAAUGUCUUAUUUAUUAAUUAAUUUAUUUACAUUUACAUUUUACAUUACACAGUUUUUGUUCAUUCGUUCACUUUUAAUUCAGCCAUUCCUCUUUAUGACCUGCAAACCGCCUUGCAUCCACCUUGAAACCGGACCGAACAGAAUAUUGCUUUAUCUUCUGUAAGGUGCACUGGGUCAGUAAGGUGAGCGUCCUCUAGCGGUCAAACGCAGCACUGUCUGUCUUUAAGUGAAGGGUGACUCCGCGCACUGUAAUAGGAAGUUCCCCUCCAAAACUUUUAGGAAACAAUCCUGUCCGACCUGCUCCAAAUGAACGUCGACUUCAUAAUCCCAAAUCCUGCUAAUCCUAAAGUCAAUGAAGAACUGAAACAAAGGCUGCCGUCCCCUGUAAAGCACCAUUGUUCAGAGACCACACCACAACCCGGAUCUUUAGUUGAAACUACCUUAGCUACAUCCCAAUGUCAGAGUUUAUCAAAAGCCCUGGAGGAGAAACUCAUACAAGCAUCUAAGACGCCCAAGCCCAGAGUAGAUUUGUCGCACAGACUCCCAUCACCCCCGCCCUUGCCAGUUGCAGUUGAAGAGAGAAUCAUGGAGGAGGAGAGACGGUCUCCACAGAGACUCGCAGCACAGCAGGAGCAGGAUAUUACCGAGAUAGCCAGCAGUCCAGGCCACACACCUCAAGUCAGUAGGGCAGGGUCUGCCGCACUCAGGCACACUCGUGUUCAUGAGGACCAGGGAAGUUCCAAAGUUAUCAGCGAUUCCAAAAAACAAGUGCCAGCUCUGGAUAAAGAGAAGAACAUUGCUUUUCUCCUGAAGGAGCUGGAUUCCCUUAGAGACCUCAAUAAGAAGCUCCAGGACAGGUUGGCGCUGAAGGAGAAAGAGUUGCAAGCCAAGCUGCUGGACUCUGAGCUACAGGAGGCUGAGCAGGAGGCGCGUGCCAGUGAGAGAGCUGCAGUGUUAGUCGAGGAAAUCUAUAAGGCUCAGAGGGAGAGAGACCAGGCUGUGAUGGCCAGACUGCGUCUGGCUAACGAGGAGAGGGAUGAGGCUUUACUUCGGGCAAAGAAGCUUCAGGAGUCGACGCUGGAGCUGGAGAAUAUUAAACCUGAAGAAAGUGAUGUGGACCUGGAGGAGUUGUUGAACAGGGUUAACAGCGCGGACUCUGCCCUCACUAUCCAGCAGAGCGGGGCGGCCAUCAUCGAACAGAUCCAGAGGGCCAGAGAGCGUCGCUCCCAGAUCACCUCAGAGGAGAUGAAAGCCGUCAUAGAGGAGAGAGACGCUGCUUUAACCAGGUGCAAGCGUCUGGAGCAAGAGCUGAGUUGUGUGAAAGAUCCAUGCAAUAAUUCGGCAAACAGCACCCACCACCUGGCCACCCAAAACAAUCGGGAACAAGCGAGCAAGCUUGAGGAGGAGCUUCAGGAAGCUGAGAGAGAACGAGAGAAAGCCCUGCUGCACAGUCACACUCUGAAAGAGGAGCUGCAAACCUCACGCAGUGUGUUGCAACAUCAGGCUGAUAUGACCAGGCUGGACAGUCCUGCCACCUCAAGCCAGAGCCAGAGCGAGAUUCAGCCACUGCUGCACCGUCUGCAGCAGCUGACAUCAGAAUUUCAGAGCGCUCAGACCCAACUAUGUCUGACCCAGGAGAGAGAGAUGGAGGCCAAUGAGAAAGUGCAGAGGUUGGAGCGGCUGGUGGAGGUGUUACGGAAGAAAGUGGGCACUGGCAGCGUCCGAAAAGUCAUCUGAUUGACUGGCCGCCGGACGACCCGAGCAGACGGCCACAUCUGGUGACCAGGCUGCAGCGUUUAACUCUGAGCAAACAGCCGAAGCCUGGCCUGGACAAACACAGGCUGGAAGUGGCGUUCUUUCUCUCAGCCCUGUUCUCAUUCCAGCCCAGGCUCAGAAACGCCAUCGUAAAUGUUUAACCACAUUCUCUCUGCAGUCACCAAUGAAACUACUGCUGCCAGCCCUUUACCUUCAAACUCUUAAGUCUGGUUAAACAAGGGAGAUUUGAUUGGACAAUUAUUUUAUGAGGUACUGAGACUUUAUUUUCCGUAGAAAGCCAGCUAAUAGAAAAUCAGGCUGGGCUUUUUUCUUUUAUGUUUUGUUUU